AUGGUGGAAAUUGAACUGAUUGCAAUAAAGAAUAGUAGAGACGUUAGUUUCUUUACAUGGCAAGAGCAUGAUCUGAUUCCAUUAUGUGUGGACAUUUCUAGUGAUGAUGAUUUUGAUGAUGCUGGCUUAAACGAUGAUAACGAUGUUGGUUUAGAUGAUGAUGAUGUUGAUGUUGAUGAUGAUGAUGAUGACACAUACGGUGAUGUUGAAGAGGGGGAAAGAAACAAUAUUGAUGAUGGUCUUAUUGAGGUAAAUUUGAAUGUCUCAUGUCAUGAAAAUAGAACUUUUGAUGAUUACUUUGAUGGUGCAUACAUAUGUAAUGUUCCUGAUUCUAGUUCUGCACCUCACACUGUUGAAGAAAACCAUGGUCCACUUCCUCAUGUAUGCCAUGAUGAUCAUUGUAAUGAAACAAGUCAUGUUUAG